AUGUUUGUCCUCCUGGGAACACUCGGGAUGCUCAAUCUCUUCUGCUUCGCCGCCGCAGUUAUGAGACUGAUGACUUUCAGAGACGGUGGAGAUUUUCAGACAAUGGGUUUGCAGUUUGUGAUAACAGGACUAAAUGUGGCUAUAAACUGGCCUUUGUACCAAGGUAUGUUGUUGAGGCAAGACAAAGGGAAGAUGCCAAUGAGCGUGACAGUUAAAUCAGUUGUCUUUGCUUUAUCAGCGUGUACCUGUAUCGCAUUUAUGUAA